AUGUCUGCCGUGGUGCCAAUCGGCAUCCCUCAUCCUUCCACCGUUGAAGUCUCCAACGAUGACCCAGUCCUUCGUGCGAACUCCAUCAUCGAGGAGAAACACCCUGGCCUCAUCGAGAGACAUCCUGAGAUCCGAGAACGGACCUGGGGUCUCGCGGCACGUACUGAUCCCACCGUCAGCAUAUUCGAAUAUUUCUAUUGGGCCAAAGUCGAGCGCGAGAUCGAGCAGAAUGAGAACCGCAAGUACAUUGAGUCUCGCGGCAAGAUGACCAACCCGACUCGUCUCAUCACCGAUCGCUUCUCCAAGGGCACUCAUCAUGAAGCCAACAGCGAGGCCAAGGCUCCGACUGCUGAGAUCACUUCGAAAAGUUCCAAGGAGGACGUCAUGGCAGUGACUGAUGCGGAAUGGCGAACGGCUGCUCGUGCUCUUAGGACUGCUGGCUGGGGUACGAUCUUCUAUCUUGUGACCACCGAUAUCCUGGGAUGGUCCAGCUCUCCUGCCGUCUUCGCGGCCGUCGGGUUUGGACCUGGUGUGGCCCUCUUCGUCAUCUUCGGCGCUGCUGCUGGCUUCUCCGGCUGGAGUCUUUGGAAAGUGUACAUCGGCCUUGAUUCUGCUCGUUUCCCAAUGAUCAGCUUCGGAGAUCCUUACCUUCGUCUGUUUGGUCCUCGCUGGCGCCACUGCAUCAACUUCGCUCAAGCACUGCAGCAGUUUCUCUCUGUGUGUGUGGUCAUUCUUGGGAACGCCACUGUGCUUGAUCAGAUGGCGAAGCAGAAGAUCUGCUUUGCCGUAGUCAUUGUUAUUAUCACAGUGGUCGGCAUUAUAUCUGGAUUCGUUCGUACACUGCAGCGUCUUGGCUGGAUGUGCAAUUUAUCCGUCUGGCUCAACGUGGCCAACUUCAUCAUCAUCAUGUAUGCCGCUGGCAACAACGCGAUCGAUUACGCGGCCGUCCUCGCAUCUACGAUCAUUACGAAGGUGCGGCCAAUUCGCACUUUCGCCAGUCAGCCGCCGGACAUGUACCAGCAGGCCACACCUGGAUUCGCAAGUCAGUUUGGCGCCGUCGGGACCAUGGUGUAUGCGUACGCCGGCGCUCUACUGUUCGUCGCUUUUAUGGCUGAAAUGCGGCAUCCCAUGGAUUUCUGGAAGGGUAUGCUCUGCGCUCAGGUCUUCAUCUGCUUCACCUACAUCCUCUUCGGAGCCUACGUCUACAGUGAAUGGGGCCAGUACGCCAUCUUCAACAUCAAUACCGUGGUGCAGCCACGUGCCCUGCAGACUGCUGGCAAUGCUCUGACAUUGAUAACUGGCUGGUUCGCAGUCUUCUUAUACGCCAACGUCGGGCUCAAGACCGUCUACCAAGAAGUAUUCAUGGAGAUCUUCAAAUUUCCUCCCGUUGGAACCAAGAAAGGAGGAUGGUGCUGGUACAUCAUCAGCCCAAUCUACUGGUCUCUGGCCUUCGUCGUCGCCACUGGAGUACCCAACAUCCAAGGCCUUGUCUCCUUCAUCGGCGGUCUCUUCGCGCUCAACUUCACCUACACAUUCCCGGUCUUGCUCUUCCUCGCCUACAGUAUCCAACGUGGUGCGGUGCAGGAUGGCGAAGGUUUCGAUCCGUACACUGGUGUCACUACUCAGCACGAUUUCGGCAUGAAGCGAUUGAGUCGCGGUUUUAUGAAGAAGUGGUACAUCAAUGUUCCGGUGACGCUCUUCAUCCUGGGUGCUUUGGCUUGCUCGGGAAUGUCUACUUGGGCUGCCAUUGAAUCCCUCAUCUCCAUCUUCGGUCCCAAUGGCACUAACGCGACCCACUUUGGUUGUGGGAGCCCGACUGGGUGA